AUGGUUCCAGUGGACAACGAAAUCAAAGGCAGACUAGCCCUGGUGACAGGUGCCUCUGGUGGAAUCGGGGCAGCCUGCGCCCGAGAGCUCUUCGCCAAUGGAGCACGUCUAGUCCUGACAUGUUCAUCCAAAGAAACCUCUGUCAAAAUCAAAGACCUGGCUGAUGAACUUAUGAGAUCAACGGAUGAGGAGACCAGGGUUUCAUGUCACGUAGUAGACAUGUCUUCCACCAAGGCAAUCGAAGAAUUAUUUAAGGAUUUGGACAUCGGAUACGGCCAAGCGCCCGAUAUAAUCAUCUCCAACGCCGGCACGGCAGGCUUCAACAACAAAGCCAACCCCUACCUGGAGAACAUCUCCCUCGAGGAGUUCGACUUCACCAUCAACAUCAACCUCCGCGCCUCUUUCCUGCUAUGCAAGCUCGCCAUGCCGCACAUGGUCUCCCAGGGCUGGGGCCGCAUCGUCUUCGUGUCAUCCAUAUCAGCUAUUGGCGGCGGUAUCAACGGCUGCCACUACGCCGCGAGCAAGGCCGGCAUGACGGGACUGAUGAAAAACCUGGCGUCCAAGCAUGCCAAGGACGGCGUCACGCUCAACGACGUCGCGCCAGCCAUGAUUGGUGAUACGGGCAUGAUUCCCGACGAGAAACGUGUAGAGGGCACGCCUGGUGAUGUGAAGAAUAUCCCUGUCGGAAGGCUGGGGACGCCGCAGGAGUGUGCUAAUGUGGUUUUGAUGUUGUGUAAGACUGGGUAUUUGACUGGUCAGAGUAUUUUGCUCAGUGGUGGGCUAAAGUGA